AUGCAGCUGCAGUUGGCAUACAUCGUUCUUGUCCCGCUCGCGGCUGGAGUCCUCGUCAAAGACCACGUGCCGGGGGACCACAUCGCAGCCUUUCACAGUUUCAUUGACCAGCAUGGACGUCACUACAAGAAAGGCACCCAUGAGUACUUCAAGCGCUUGACCCUCUUCUCCGAGCGUCUCCAGAAAGCCGAGGCCAUCAACUCCCGCCCAGGCCAUCUUUGGAUCGCGGGUGUGAGCCCUCUCUCGGACCUGACGCCGGAGGAGUUGAGCCAGAAGAAGGGUUGGGCAGGCUUCGCCAGCCGCACCGGCGGACAAGUGUCCAAAUCGCUCAGGAGCCAGAUGUCUCUUCUCCAGUCCGAGUCCGAUCUCCCGGACGAGUGCAACAAGUGGGCGAACCUGACCAUGCUGCAGGCCAAGGAUCAGGGCGGCUGCGGCUCCUGCUGGGCGGUGACCUCGGCCACAGUUCUUGAGGCGCACCGAGAGAUCUACCUCGGAAAGCAGGAGCAGCUGUCGGCGCAGCAGCUGGUGGACUGA